CACAGUCGAAAUUCGAAAAUUGAAGGGAAAAGUUGACAGGAGCUUCAGAGAAGAAAUAAAAGAAAAAAAUAUUUCCUUUGUCUAGACAGGAUUGUGAAUUAAAGAAAAAAAACAGCAAAAAUGUCGAUUGUACCACUGCUGCACUUGGCCCGUGAGCUGGAUCACGACUACCGCAGCGACUGGGAGCAUCUGCUGGAGGAUGACUUUGGUUUCGGAGUCCAUGCCCACGAUCUGUUCCAUCCCCGUCGCCUGAUGCUGCCGCACGGUUCCCUGGGUCGUCGUCGCUUCCUGCCCUACGAGCGGAGUCAUGGCCAUCAUCACCACCACCAGUUGGUGCCACGUCGCCAGUCGGGCGGUCCGAAUUCCCUGCUGCCCGCCGUGGGCAAAGAUGGCUUCCAGGUGUGCAUGGAUGUGUCGCAGUUCAAGCCCAACGAGCUGACCGUUAAGGUGGUGGACAAGACCGUUGUGGUGGAGGGCAAGCACGAGGAGCGCGAGGAUGGACAUGGCAUGAUCCAGCGUCACUUUGUGCGCAAGUAUACGCUGCCCAAGGACUUUGACCCGAACGAUGUGGUGUCCACCGUGUCCUCCGACGGCGUGUUGACCCUCAAGGCCCCGCCGCCGCCCAGCAAGGAGCAGGCCAAGGCGGAGAGGAUUGUCCAGAUCCAGCAAACGGGACCUGCCCACCUGAGCGUCAAGGCGCCUGAAACUUCGGAGGGAAAAUCCGAAAAUGGCAGCGGCGAGAAAAUGGAGACUGGCAAGUAAGCCAGAAGAAGAAGAAAGAAGAAGAGACCGAGAUUCGCUGGCGAAGAAUAAGAAGAAGAAUUUAACGGAGAGAAAGGAGUGUUGCAGCGCGCUGUUCGGAGAGUGCAAGACUAAAAAAAGGAUACACCACUAACACACCCAUUGUAUUACUCUCUCACCAUCACACACAACCCCACACACACACAUCAUCACAUCUUAGACCUAAGAGAUUUUAACUCCAUUUAUCAUAAAGAAAAAAAAAACAUUUUAGUCUGUAUAAUUAGGCUAAAAACUGGAGAAUUCAAUGCUCCCUUUGAGUUUAUAUUUUUGUAACAAGAACAGGCGCAACACUCGGGAGAACUUAUAUUUCAUUUGCGAAAAAAAAAAACAAUAAAAUAUACGAAAAA